GUGCGAACACGCAAAUAUCCAUAAAACACCCUGAAACCCUGCGAAAUUGCGUAACUCCUCUAGACCAGACUCCCCCCGUUCCCUCCUCCCCGGCGCGAGCGCGACCAUGGCCGCCGCCGCCGCCGACCUCCGCCUCUCCAUCGCCCACCAGACCGCCUUCGCGCUCCGCCUCGCGUCCGCGCUCUCCUCCCCGGCCCACCCGGCGGGCGGCGCCGGGAGGAACGUCGCCUUCUCCCCGCUCUCCCUCCACGUCGCGCUCAGCCUCGUCGCGGCCGGCGCCGGCGGAGCCACGCGGGACCAGCUCGCCUCCGCCCUCGCGGGGCCUGGUGGGACGGCGGAGGGCCUCCACGCGUUCGCGGAGCAGCUGGUGCAGCUGGUGCUCGCCGACGGGUCCGGCGCCGGCGGCCCGCGCGUCGCCUUCGCCAACGGCGUCUUCGUCGACGCGUCGCUCUCGCUCAAGAAGACCUUCCAGGACGUUGCCGUCGGCAAGUACAAGGCCGAGACCAACCUAGUAGACUUCAAAACUAAGGCUGCCGAAGCUGCUGGUCAAGUGAACUCAUGGGUAGAGAAGGUCACAUCAGGCCUCAUCAAAGAGAUCCUCCCUCCAGGAUCUGUUGAUGACACUACCAGGCUGGUUCUAGGUAAUGCACUUUAUUUCAAAGGAGCAUGGGCUGAGAAGUUUGAUGCAUCUAAAACCCAAGAUGGCAAGUUCCAUCUUCUUGAUGGCAAGUCAGUUCAAGCGCCAUUCAUGUCCACUUCAAAGAAGCAGUAUCUUUCGUCUUAUGAAAACUUGACGGUACUGAAGCUUCCUUAUCAGCAAGGUGGUGACAAGAGGCAGUUUUCCAUGUACAUACUUCUUCCGGAAGCACAGGAUGGCCUUUGGAGCUUGGCUGAGAAGCUGAAUGCUGAACCAGAGUUCCUGGAGAAGCAUAUCCCAACGCAGCAGGUUACAGUUGGUCAGUUCAAACUCCCCAAGUUCAAGAUAUCAUUUGGAUUUGAAGCGUCUGAUUUGCUCAAAGGUUUGGGGCUCCACCUGCCAUUCAGCUCAGAAGCUGAUCUUACAGAGAUGGUCGAUUCACCAGAGGGACAAAACCUGUUUGUUUCAUCCGUUUUUCACAAGUCCUUUGUCGAGGUGAAUGAGGAAGGGACAGAGGCUGCUGCCGCAUCUGCAGCAGUGAUCACCCUUAGGUCAGCUCCAAUACCUGUGGACUUCAUUGCGGAUCAUCCUUUCCUUUUCGUUAUACGGGAAGACAUGACUGGAGUUGCGCUGUUCGUUGGUCAUGUGGUGAAUCCCCUGCUUGCUGCAUAGAGUGUUUUGCUGUAAAUCCCUGUAGUGGUGCGACAGCAUCUGUGAUCUGUCGUAUGCAAUUGCAGGGUUUGAACAUUUGAUCAUGGUGACCUCUCAAUAAAUAUGGCAAAUGUUCUGUUUCUGAAUCGUGCCUGCUUGU